AUGAGCUUGCGCCUCACACUAGGAGGGCUGGUCACAUCAGCGCUCGUUAUGUCUGUGAUACUGACCCUGUCGCCGUUGCGCAAGGCUACCGGUGGGCAGGAUGUCGAGAUAGGCCACUGGUCGUGGCAUGAGGCAACGCCUUCCAGGGACUUGGUCUGGACAAAGUGCUAUGACGACAAGUUUGAGUGCGCUCGAUUAGACGUACCAAUGGACUGGCAGAAUCCCAGUGAGACUGAUAGAGUGAUUCUCGGCGUGAUGAAACUCCCGGCCAAGACCAGGGGCUACUCCGUCCCUCCUCUGUUCAUCAACCCUGGUGGUCCUGGUGGUUCUGGCAUCAAAUCUUUGCAGACUAUGGGUUCCGAAAUUCAAACUGUCGCUGGUGACUAUCAUGACGUUAUCAGCUGGGAUCCUCGUGGAAUUGGCGUUUCUACACCACGGGUGGACUGUUGGGGAACAUCGCAGAAACGCCAGAUGUGGUCUUUCCAACAGACACCCGCCGCUGAUGAACGACCCGGUCUAAUUUACGAUGCCUACAGUCGCGCCAUUGCCUACUCAGGGGCUUGCGAAUCUACCAUGAACGAAACAAGGCUUUUGAAUCAUCUUAGCACCGCCUCGUCCGCUAGGGAUCUCCUCGACCUGGUGGAAAAAACUGGGCAUGAGAAGCUACGAUACUGGGGGUUCAGCUACGGAACGGUACUUGCCGGUGUAUUUGCGAGCAUGUACCCCGAUAGAAUCGAUCGAAUGAUUAGCGAUGGCAAUGUCGAUCUCGGGGGUUGGUUCACUCUCGACCACACAGACUUCCUACACGACGCGGACAACAUUCUCAAUGUCUUUGAUGAGGCAUGCCACAAUGCCGGACCAUCAAAGUGUGCCCUCUGGGCGGCGUCUGCAGACGCAAUCCGUGAUCGCAGAGCCAAUGUUCUCCAAAGUCUCAAGGAACAUCCAGUGAUUUUACCUGCGCAUUCUACAGAAUCUGGGUCCGAGCUGCCCCUGGUUAUCACCUACUCUGAUGUUCAGCGAUACGUGCGAGUGGCGAUAUACAAACCCCUCGUUCAUGCGGAAGAUAUCGCACGUGUCUUCGCCGGAGUAGAGAAUGGGAAUGGUCUACCAUUCUUCGAGUCACGGAAGGCUAUUGAGGGCGACAGUAGUCCACUGUCCGAGCUCUUCUGUUCCGUUGAUGACACGCCUGCGAUGGAGCCUCUGGAGACCGGCUUUGAAGUGGAUGCCUUCCCAGCGAUCAUGUGUUCGGACGUUGGAGACUCCUACAAGUCAGUCGCGCAGGCGGCUCAAUAUCUGGAGAAGUUGAGGGAAGCCAGCCGCUGGACGGGGGCGGCAAGCUUGAUGUUUCGCUUGCCUUGUGCGGGUAGGACAGUGGAGUCCAGUUGGCGACAUGUCCCUGACUUGCAAACGAAGCAAGCGACCAGCCACCCCAUCUUAUUCCUCAACAACUUAUACGACAACGUCACGCCCAUCUACGGCGCUCGUCUCAACUCUGCUCACUUUGACGGAUCCGUUGUGCUUCAGCAGAACUCUUUGGGCCAUUGUAGCUUUGCGGGGCCGUCUACGUGUACGGCGAAGCAUGUGCAACAGUAUCUCAAGAAAGGUGUUCUGCCUGCGGAGGGAAGCCAAUGUGACCAGGAUCACGAUCUGUUCCAGAAGCCAUCGGAGGAUGAGAUUAUGGCACAAGACGAGCUCUCAUCCGCACUUUGGCGGCUCUCGCAGGCUUCUCGCGAUGGAUUUCCAGCGGCGCAUUGGCCGGACGCACGAUACAUGUAG